UUGGCAGGGGAAGGAGAGUUCUGCAUGAGCAAUUUUCUACAGCUGCAAAUUAACCCAGAGGAAUACUUCAUACGGAUUAUAAUAUUUGCAUUUUGAAAAAAUAAAAUCCUGCUAUAAUUGAUGAUUUAAAGAGAAAAAAAAGAGCAGAAGAGAAAUACUCACAAGAUAUAACUGAAAUAUUAUCUGAUGUGCAAGAUUAUUGUAAAAGGGAUGGAAAUUUGAGGAACCCUUCUUUAGCAAACCAUGGAUAUUGUGAAUUGGAUGAAGACAUGAGAAACUCUUACAGCUUUGGGACACAUUAAUUGCAAGUCUACAGUCAUGGCUUUUUAAGUCUUCCAGUGCAAAUUAAGGAGUGUUACCUUCUGUUUAAGUAAAACAUUGAUACUUGUGGAAGAAUAUCGUGCAAAUGUUCCUCCUCCACUCAUCCAAAGAUCUAAUCCAGUUUCUUUCUGAACAUGUCCUAUACGACAAAAUAAUCAGUUCAUAUAAAUGGGCACGUUUAAUACUUAACUGUUAUCAUCUUCUUACAUAUCUCUCAGGGAUUUCAUUCUAUAUGGGCUCUGUGCCCACUUGUUCAGGGAAGGCCAACAACAAUGGAAGAUACAAGAGACAAUCUGUAUUAUCAGCAGGUCCAACAACAAGCAAGUAGACAAAGUCUCAACCACAGCUAUGACUCACUGGACAUGAAUGCUUCAGAAUCCUCCUCCUCAUCUCCUCAUUUAUCUCAAGAUUCAGGACCUCAAACUCUAGGACCUGUAGACUCACCCCGGCAAACAAACUGGUCACUUGUUGGGUCAGAAAAACACAUGCAGAUGACAAACAACAUAAACAGCUAUGACCCAAGCUUACAGUGGAAUCUACAAACACAAAAUGAAGCAACCGAUAAUUACCAAGCAACAUAUUUUUCUCAGCUUAGUGACAAUCAGCAUAAAAUGACGAGUGGUGCUUUGCACAAGUUAGACUCUUUUACACAAGUAUUUUCUAGACAGAAUUUAAGAAUCCAUUCUCAGGGAGUCAAUGAACAGUCAUCACAAAUGGUCAGUGAUAGUGCCCUUAGGCAGCUGCUUUCAUUAAAACCAACAACCGAACAGCAGACUGCAUCCACAAAUGUAGAUAGAUAUCAGCAAGUCCCCCAGCAAAUGCAACAAAGCUUAGCAAAUCAACUUCAGAAGCAUCAGUCCCAAACCAUGCAGCACGUACAGCAGCAUUAUUAUUAUGAUUACCCUCAAAAUGUAACGCAUACUCAAUCACAGUCUUUAAUUCAUCAAGGGCAGCAGUUUGCACAACAAAUUCAGCACCACCAGGGUGUGUUACCCCAACAGACUCAUCAAAUGCAGCAGACGCAUUAUUAUAUGCAGCAGCAGUCAGGGCAGCAGCGAAUCUCAGUUCCAGAAAUACAAACACAACAGCGCCAGUUCUCAGGUGAUAUGUCUCAGUAUUACCAGUCACAGUCUGCAAUGCCAGAACUUCAGCACACUAUGCAUCAGCAACAGCAUCACCACAUGCAUCUACAACAACCUUAUCAAAGAAAUCGCAGUCAGAAAAAUGAACAUUAUGCACAGAAUCAAUCACACCCCAUGCAACUCAUUCAGCUGGGUACAGUGCCUCAAUACAUAUAUCAGAACUCACAGCCUUACAGGCAUUCAUAUAAGCAAAGCAUGGUGUCACACCAACAGCAUAUGCAUCAGGAGAGCAAUCCGCUAAAGCCAUACCAUAAUGAAAGCCGAUCCCAAGCGCUGAUGGACAUCCCAGUGGAACUUUCAAAUGCAGAAACUUUGGAUAACUAUAACAGGGAGGAUAUGAGUGCUAUGGGAAAUAUUAUCACUCGUCAUCCAACACUGCCUCAGGAAGCACCAUACCUGCUAAAAAACAGAGGACCCUAUCAGUCUCCAAAUAUUUCAUGGCCUCAGCAUAUUGCAGAAGGUCUACCUCUUACUGAUUCUCUAGAUCACAGAGGAGCAUAUCCUGAGAGACCUGACUCUAAGACCAGGCUCACUUGCUCCGUGUGCUUCAAAGAAUUCCGGAGUUUGCCUGCCCUAAAUGGCCACUUAAGGUCUCACGGUGGGGUGAGAUCCUCAGUGAAUAUUAAACAGGAAGAAGGAGAGCAGCCGCAGGUGAGCGAGGGGGAUAGCCUUGAGCCAAUCGUCAUGCCUGUCUCUGUGCCAGUCAAGCUUGCUCCGCCUGAUUCUAGCGCUCAGGCCAGCUGCAGCUCAGAUAAGGACCAGCCCGAGAGCUGUAUGUCUGAUAACGAUAUGCCCGUCCUCACAAGGAUGACUUACUCUCCGCCAUCUUCUCCAAAGGCGGAUGGCUCAUGCGCGUCUUCUGAAAUUAUCAGAAAGCUCCAUCAGGGAGGUACGAAAUCAGAAAAUUCAGAAGAAAGCGUCAAACCACAGCAGGAAAAGAGAAAAUAUCGGCAUAGACCUGAACCAUUAUUUAUCCCUCCUCCUUCCUUCAUCAUAAAUGCAUCUCACUCAGGUGCCACAUUGUACCAAAGUCAGUUGCGCUCUCCCCGUAUCCUGGAGAAAUUCCUGACUCUGGGAACACAGGAGCUGCUUCCAUACACACCUCCUCCUAUGCUCAGCCCUGUUCGCCAGGGAUCCGGCUUGUUCAGCAACGUCAUCACAGCAUCACACAACGCUCACCUGCCGCUCACCCCUCUGACACCAACUCCCAGAGUGCUGCUUUGUCGUCCUAACAGCAUUGAUGGCAGCGCUCCUACUGUAACCCCAGGACCCGGAGAACAGACAGUCGAUGUUGAGCCACGGAUUAAUAUUGGAGCACAAUUCCAGGCACAAAUUCCAGAACUUCAAAGUCGAUUGUCUCUAGAGAAGGAGUUGCCCAAAGCAACUAUGGUUUGGAAGCCUUUACUGGAGCUAGAAAAUAUGGAAUCACAACAUAGAGUGGAUGUUUUCUUGAAUAUGUCCUGUUCCAGUGUUCUGCCGGGUGGAGGGACGAACUUAGAAUAUGCGUUGCAUUCUCUCUUUGAAGCAAAUGGUGACAUAAUGGGUGCUCUAGAGAAGCUUCUUUUACAGAAGCCACCGAGACUGAAAACACGUCCGUUAGCAAAUUACCAUUAUGCAGAGUCGCCACUGGUGAAUAAGAAUAACAGCAAUAAUACUAAUGAUACAACAGAUAGACACUAUCGUCCUCCUACUUUAGGAUCAGACAAGUGGACUGUCACGGAAAAGAAGAAUUUUAAUAAAGGCCUAAUCACCUACAACAAAGAUUUCUUCCAUGUACAGAAGAUGAUAAAAUCAAAGACUGUCUCACAAUGUGUUGAAUAUUAUUAUACCUGGAAAAGGAUCCUACAUAUGGUUCGUAAACACAGAACACGAAUUGCAGAAAUCAAUGAAGAUGAUACUACAAGUGUUGAAGAAGAAUUAGAGGAUGAUGAAGAUAUGGAAGACAGAAAGGAACGAGUGCAGAAGUCACCAGAACUUCCUCACACACUAGCCAUCCAGCAAACUGUAAUUGGGAAUCUUGCCCCUCCAACUGGAUCAUUUGUUUGUGAAACAGGAAACUGUGGAGCGAUGUUUUGCUCCAGGCAGGCUUUGAAUGGCCAUGCUCGUAUUCAUGGAGGAACAAGUAUUCCAGGCAGAAUAGUUCCAAUUGUUGCUAACACCAAGCAGAAGCCAAGUUCUCAGAGUGGGUACUGCUCAGUGAAGAGCUCUCCCGCUCACAGCACCACCAGUGGCGAGACUGACCAUGCCACGGUCUUUCCUUGCAAGGUUUGCGGCAAGGUAUUUUUCAAGAUUAAAAGUCGAAACGCGCAUAUGAAAACACACCGACAGCAGGAGGAACAGCAAAGGCAGAAAGCACAGAAAGCAGUUGUAGCGGCAGAAAUGGCUGACACCAUCUCUCGGACCGUAAUGAGGACUACUGUACCCGAAGAUCACAGUUUAUUGCCUUUUGAUCAUCUGAGCCUCAUUAAAAACAUAGAGCAGGCUUUGGAUGAUGAUGAUGUGGCUCAGGAUUUAGAGGAUGUUUUGGAAAGAGAGAUCAUAAAUACGGAUCUGUUGCUGGAUGAUGAAGAUGCAGAAUUACUUCAAGAUACUGCUGACCUAUAGUAACGAUGUCCCUCACAUUUGCAGAGUACCAGGGUCAAAAUGUUAUAUCAAGAGGAGAGUUUAUUACUUGUAUGGUUAAAUAUUUUUUAAUUACUUUGUAACCUUUUUUAAAGAACACACUUUCCUGAGAUCAAAAUAAACCAAAUGAUUUGUAAUAUAGUUUGGACAGAAGAACCCAUAUUUUCAUGUUUUGUUUUUUUUUCUAGAACAAUGUUUCUAGAAAAUGUGCCAAUCAUAGCACCAAAAUAUGUGCGCCAAAUCGAGGUGGUUCCAUUUAUUUUCCAUGUGUCUGAUUUGAGUUUGAAAAGGAAAAUGCCAUUUUUGGAGAAAUCGUCUGUUAAAGGCAUCUCUGCUACUGCCAUUUAUUGUAACCCAAAGACUGUGAUAUGAAGAGACUUGUAUGUAUUUGAAGUCGCUGAUUUACCUAAUUAAGAAACCACUAAGGUCUUUUGUUUUAAAGAAACAGUUAUCUAAAUAUUUUAUAUCCUGUGUUAUAGUUCUCACUCUCUAAAAGCACUAGUGUCCCCAAUUCUUUCCUACUGUUUCUUUCUAUGUUUAAACGGGGUCACAAGCCUAAGAUUAUAGCCACUAAAUAACAAGGGAUCUAAACAAAUAGAAAGCAGACAUUGCUCUAUUAUACUAUGGAACAUAUACAAAUAUGGCUGUAUUUUGGUUGAAUGGGUGAAGAUAAUAUUUGAUUUUGGUUACUUUGGUAGCUUUUUUAUGUCAGCUUUGUUAUCCCAAUAGUUGUGGGUGUUGCACCUUUAAGUCCUGGGUCAGGAUGGGUUUAUUUUGUGUAAAUAAUGGUUUGUAUUUCAGUUUUGUUUUAAAUGAAUAGAGUUUAUAUUGAUGAUGUAAUUUGUAUGGCUGCUCAACCCAGGGUAACCCAGUAACCUGGGGAUUUUGUUAAAAGGGUUAAAUAAAAUUGUUAUGAUUGAUUUUAA